AUCGCUCCCGGAAAUCAUUCUCAGUUCGGAGCUCGAAGCGAUCAGAUCGUAGCAAAAAAAAAUUAAAAGUGUAAAAAAUACCUAUAAUUUGGAGAAAUAUAUUACAAGAUUCGGAAUCGGGAAGCUAAAUUCAAGUGUGAAAUACAGUGGAAGCAGUUUUAAUUGAAGCGCGGAAGGCUGAAGGUUUUAUUGGAUACCUCAAGGUUUCACGGCGGUAUAGAAGCUUGAAACAGGAAGAUUUUGAAGGCCACCGGAGCUGGAAAAUCGAUAUAUCUGAACCGGAAGCUACCUUCUCCGACGAGUGAAAAUGUGUGACCCGUGCUGCUCCCCGUGCGAUCCCUGCUAUCCCUGUUAUCCUUGCGUGCCAGCUCGAGGUUGCAAGAGUCGUGAGCUACGUGGAGGACAGCUUAUAGCCAACUGCGAAUGUUUGAAACGGAACGGUCUUCAACACGAUUGUCCACGCUCUGAGUGUCAGGGAAAACCAUGCUGCCUUACCAAACCGGAAGCCACCUGUUGUCCAUCGACGUACGCUCGAAGAUUCCGCAAUGUGACCAUGGGUAACAAAAGCAAUCCGGUCUGUCCGAAGCGGUGUCGUGUGACGACCGUGGGAAGUGGCUGUAAUCCGUGCGCUGUUGAUUGCUACUCUGGUGGACCAUGUGGCCCUUGUGGUCCUUGUGGACCCUGUGCACCGUGUGGCCCCUGUGGACCUUGCGGCCCGUGUGGUCCAGUGUGUGAUCCAUGCUGUGGCCCUGUUUGCGAUCCCAGCUGCCCUCCUGUGUGUGACCCAUGCGCUUGCGUACCUCAGGGAGAUUGUGGCCCAUGCGGAGCUCCGACGCCGAAUUGUAUGCCAUGUUACGAUCCCUGCACGCCCAGUAUUCCACCGCCUUGUGGAGAUAUGUGCGCUCCCUACCCAACCUGUGGACCAUGCUAACCCCGAACAAACCCUGCCACCAUUACACGUCGCUUCCAUCAUUGUACGAUUAUAAGCUAAACGGCGCACCAUCCUGCAUCCAUCCCACAUCUUUAGUGCCAAUCAUCAUUGCCCACGUUUUAAUGCGCUGUGCCUUCCCCAAACGAAGCGCUACCUAUUUGUAUAAUCCUCGAGCACUACAAAUCGCGCACCGAUGUCAAUAAAGUUGUUUCUACUGUAUCAAA